ACACAACAAAACAAAAGUAAACUUAACAACAGCCUCAAUUUGCUUCAUCACAUAAAAGUCACAAACACAAAACAGAACAAACAUCUUACAAAUCUCAACUCUCUUCCUCUAUCUCUCAAAUGAAAAGCUAAUUAAUAAUAUAUUUGAAAACCAUUGAUUAAACAUUUAAAAAGCUUAUGGCUUUUCUUCUACCAAACCUCCAACCUUAUCUCCUAGCUCAAUCUAAAUCCAAAGAUAAAACUUUUCACCAAACACUUUCACCACCAAAAUCCACUUCUCAUUUUCUUUCAUCUUCUCACUUAUCCUCCCUUCAAACUCCAACUACUUCACAAGUUAACACACCACCAAGUGUUCAAGAUAAACAGCUGUCAAAGGAUGAAUUCUAUGUCAACCUUGGUCUUGCUGUUAGAACCCUCCGUGAGGAUACGCCUAUGAUCUUCAUCAAAGACCUCAAUUAUGAUAUUUAUAGGGAUGAUAUAACAUUUUUGGACCCCUUAAAUACAUUUACUGGGAUUGAAAAGUACAAAUUGAUCUUCUGGGCAUUAAGAUUUCAUGGAAAACUAUUGUUUCAUGAGAUAUCACUUGAUGUAUACAGAGUUUGGCAACCUUCAAAGAAUGUGAUAUUGAUUAGGUGGAACCUUAAGGGUGUGCCACGUGUACCUUGGGAAGCUAAAGGAGAAUUUCAAGGUACUUCAAGAUAUAAAUUGGACAAAAAUGGAAAAAUUUAUGAACAUAAAGUUGAUAACUUGGCUUUCAAUUUUCCAAAGUAUAUCAAACCAAUUUCAGUUUUGGAUUUAGUUACAUCUUGCCCUGUAAGUCCAAACCCUACAUUUUUGUGGGGUCCUAUGGAUGUCUACUCUUCUUCAUGGAUAAUCUUAUACAAGGCAGUUAGGGAUACAUUGGAUCAAGAAGGGAGUUUGCUACCACAAGAUGGUCUACCUAUAUGUUCAUAAAUCAUAACUAUGAUCUAUCACUUAGUGAAUUGUAUCAUAUGUCACACAUCCAUAAAUUUUAAGUUGUAGGACCAAUACUCAUUAUAUAUGAUAUCAUAGCGACAAAUCUAGAAAUUUUGAAUUGUUGAGGCAAAACUCUUAUAUAUAAAAUUGUAGGAGCAAUACUCGUAUAAUUAUAUGAUACAUAGUAUAUAUUAUGUUGGGGCAACUAAUAUAUACUGAUGAUAUAUUUGAAGAGCUUACACAGAUGAUAUAUUUGAUAUACAUCAAUAUGUUGUAAUCUUCUAAGAUUAAUUUUAAUAAUUUAGAUUUUUUUUUUA